GCAUGAAGUAGGAUCCUUGAGCUGUUGCAGAGGCAGCCAACUGCUCCAUAUUUGGCUUCUAUUACACAUUUACAUACUGGAGAGAGAGAGGAGAGAGCUGUACUGCAGACAUCAUUUCUACUACAGUACAGGAGACAUACAAGACCUAUCGUACUGAGAGGGAGGGGGGCAGAGUAAAAAAACGCAACAGCUCAGACACCCUCUUCCAGCAACAACCUCGCUACUGCACUUUACAUGUAAAAAAAAAAAAAAAAAGGUCAAGAAAUUGAAGCAAUGUUGCUGGAUUAACCAGACAUGAUCAUAUUGUGGAGAAGAACCAUGCUGGUGUUAAGAAGAAUAAACAACCAGUGUUUCAAGAAUGGUGGUAGACAAGCCUCAUAAAUCACAUAUUCACAGUGAUGCCAAGAAUACAGAGACUGUUUAAUGAAGAAGCUGGAACUUCCUCUACCUGAGACCCAGAAACAAUUUCCCCCAGUAGGUAUUUAUUUAUGUGAAUAAAGAGGGCGCUGGAAACUGCUCUGAAAGUCUUAACCGUUGCUGUUACCGGCACUAGGAAGUAUAGCCAAGGAUAAAGACUACAGACCUGCCACAGUGAAUGCUAUUCCACAUCCACCGUUGGAACAUUGUGCUCACAGGGAGAUGAUUCCUCAUGAAGUUGUUGGGUUCCCUUCAGGAAUUAAAUGUGAUUUUCCUUUCACCAGACUGAAGUCCGCAUCUGUCAGACAGUGAGUAGGCAGUGGUGGCUGGCGGGGGUGGCAGAAAGCAAAACAUGAAAUCUAAUCAAGAAAGGAGCAAUGAAAGUCUACCACCAAAGAAACGUGAGCUUCCCGCCACUAGUCGACCUUCUGAAGAGAAGACAGUCGGACUGACAAAUGAAAACCACCGUACGGAUAGUUUAUCUUGGCUAUCCACCGCAGCCAGCAGCCAUGGUGGACGUCAUCAUGGGCCUGUAGGAACUUCAGUAGAAGCUGGUUUACAACAGGGGGUAGGUUUACAUAAAACACUUUCAACUGGUAUGGACUAUUCCUCCCCUAGUGCUACAAGGUCUCUACCAGCUGCAACAACAGUUCCUGCCAUUUAUCAAACCGUGCAGUCUCAUUCGGGUGCAUCUGCAUCUCCUGUGCAAUAUACUAAUGUGCCCCAAACGUUCCAGUUUAUUGGACCGCAUUACAGUGGACCAUCAUAUGCAGGAUUCAUCAAUUCGCAGCUAAUUUCACCUACAUCGAGUUCUGCAACAAGUGUUGUGUCUUCAACAACAGCAGGAGUCACCACUCCAUCGCAACGCUCCCAGAUGGAGGCUUAUUCCACUAUGCUGGCCAGUGUAAGCGGCUUAAGCCAGCAGGGGCAUAAAAUUGAAUCACAUCUAGAUCGGACUCCUGGAUUGAUUGCAGCUGGAUCACCACCUACCCACCUAAGUCAAUAUGUCCAUAUUUCCAGCUCAUCACAGAGUGGAGUCCGAACUCUUUCACCACCAACUAUCCCAGUCCAUUUACAUACGCAUGCCCCAGUGAUUCCUCAUACACUUACCCUGGGUACACCCUCCCAGGUGGUUGUGCAGUACUCAGAUUCAGGAGCUCAUUUUAUUGCUAGGGAUCCUACAAAGAAAGAAGAGAGUUUCAGGUCACAAGCCAAGGAAUUAUUAAAUGGGGAGAUUGAGAAAGUUAGGAGAUUUGUAGUUCCUUCCUCCACAGAUGCACAUCUAAUGAAAGCAGGCAAUAAUAAAUCAGCUUCCCAACAUUAUGAGACAAGGCACGUAGUUGUGCACCCUAGUACUGAAUUCAGUUCUCGGGAUCCCUCAGGUGUUCGGACCUCUGUCAUGGUAGUGCCCAACAGCAACACAGCUGCCACAGACAUUGACGUUCAACAAACCAUUAAGAGAGAAACCUCACCCUCAACAGCUCAUAACAAGGGAAGCUUACACUUAGGAAAACCAGCCCACCGGUCCUAUGCUUUAUCCCCACAACAGACUUUAUGCGCAGAAGGCGUAAAAACAAUGGCCACUUUAUCUCCUCACACAGUCAUCCAGACAACUCACAGUGCAGCAGAGCAACUUUCUGUUGGGCUGCCUGCUGCAGCCUUUUAUGCGGGUACACAACAGCCAGUUAUUGGCUAUCUCAGCAGUCAGCAGCAAACCAUUGGCUACCCUGGAAAUUUGCCACAGCACUUGGUGAUUCCGGGAACCCAGCCCUUGCUUAUACCAGUUGGCAAUCCAGACAUUGAAUCAUCUGCGGUGGGGGUAGCACCUGCUAUUGUCACGUCAUCUCCCCAAUUUGCAGCAGUGCCUCAUACAUUUGUCACUACGCCCAUUCCUAAAAGCGAUAACUACAGUGCUGAAUCCCUGGCAACUCAAACAGCCUACCAGACCGCAUUGGUUCCAGCUCAAAUUCACCUCCCAGUUGUACAGUCUGUUGCUUCUCCUAUGGCAGCUGCUCCUACACUGCCCCCUUACUUCACAAAAGGGUCAAUCAUUCAGCUGGCCAAUGGUGAGCUAAAGAAAGUAGAAGAUUUGAAAACCGAAGACUUCAUACAGAGUGCUGAUAUUAGCAUUGACUUGAAAAUAGACUCGAGCACAGUGGAGAGGAUUGAGAACAGUCACAGUCCAGGCAUUGCUGUGGUACAGUUUGCUGUGGGGGAGCAUCGGGCACAGGUCAGUGUGGAAGUCUUGAUAGAAUAUCCAUUUUUCGUAUUUGGCCAAGGCUGGUCAUCCUGCAGUCCUGAGAGAACAAGCCAGCUGUUUGAUUUGCCAUGUUCCAAGUUGUCAGUUGGAGAUGUCUGCAUAUCGCUUACCCUCAAGAAUCUGAAAAAUGGCUCCAUAAAGAAGGGGCAACCCAUGGAAUCAGCUAGCAUCUUGCUGAAGCACCCAAAGAAUGACAGUAUGUCUGGAAAUAAACAUAGGUAUGCAGAACAAGAGAAUGGGAUUAAUCAGGGAAGCGUACAGGUGUCAUCAGAGAAUGGCGAACUAAGGUGCCCUGCUGGAUUGAAUGCCAUGACCUUUGAAGCCAAAAUAGAACCUGGCAAGCCUAUGGCAACAAGGAAGAGGAGGUGGUCUGCCCCUGAAUCAAGAAAACUAGAGAAGUCUGAAGAUGAACCACCAUUGACUCUUCCCAAGCCUUCUUUUAUUCCUCAGGAGGUUAAGAUUUGCAUUGAAGGUCGAUCUAAUGUAGGCAAGUGAAACUUGUUUAGAGAAGACAAAUUAGGCUUACCCUUGUCUUUUUUAUUCAGAUUACUGUACUGUAGAAUAAAUAACCCAGUAUUUACAUGUUAUCAUCUUAUUUUAGGUUUAUGUUAUAACAUUAUUAUAGUUGCGGCUGGUAUCUUGCAGGAGGCUCUUAAUGCAUAUGAUCUUUCCACAAGUGUUCAUUAUUGUAGGAGUUAGGAUUUGGGGAAGCUAUUUAGGAGGCAGUCUAAGCUUUCUGCAGUCUUGGUGGAGAGGUUUGUAUAAACAUGGCUUCUGUGAUGUAGCUGCAGGGUGCCAACUUCAUGUUCAAGCGACUUCUUUUUCAUCUUUCAGCGAGGAUUACAAGGGAAAUGAAGAAUAGAAGUGUGAGCUGUCCCUUGUUAGAGGGUAUAGCUUCAUGACUGUGUUUAUGUUGCGGGUCACUGGCACAAAGAAAAAGUAACAGUUUAAGGUCAUUGUCAUGUUGACAAUGUUAAAAAUGCAAUUUCAAUAUAUUGGAGUCAUUAUUCAUGAUCAUGUUUCCUUUAAUUGGUCUCAUCAUAGAUUUGUGACUAGUGCCAUGAAUCAUUUUGGUGUUGUGUAGUUUUAACAUUUGUUGGUGAUCCCUUUACCUGUAGACUGCCUAGAUAAUUUGAGUUUCUUGUCUAAUGGCACUUGGUCUACAAAUAUAAAUUCACCCUAUGGAAACCUAACUGCACAAUUCAACGUCAGGGGGGCAGAGGCCCCCUGUGCUCUAAAAAGUUUCUAAUUUUUUUUGUGCUGUGAAAAAAUUCAGUCAUAUGUGUCCUUUUAAUUAUUUUUUAUUAUUAAUAUUAUAAAAUUCCAAUUGUGUAACUGCUGGAAUAGCAUUGCUUGCCUUAGUAACAAGGCAGGCAGCGUCUGACAGGACGCAGAGGCCAAUAUUAAGUUUCAAACCCCUCUAGCGGACUCCUGUUAGUUCAGGCAUUUAUUUUAGUAUAGUAAGUAAAUGUCUUGUAAACAUGGCGUGUGCUUACCAAGGUUUAAGCACGCUGCCCAUUUAGAGCAUUAACUUAAAUUGCUUGCAUCCUAGGGGCAAACAUUGUUUGUUCAACUUUUGUACUUUAGUAACAAUUGGUGCCACUUUUUUGUUUUUAAAGUUCAGUGUGACACAUUAAGGAAUAAGAACUGGAGGAGUAAUAAGAGAUUGACUAUUAGCACUUAAAAUGCUGAUCACACUUUAUCGGCGAGCAUCUUGCUCUAAUGUUUGCUAAGUACUGUAUCUCUCUUUUUAUCUGUGUAUUUGAAAAAAUAUAUAUAAUUUUUUUACUUUUUAUUUUAUUUUUAUUUUUUUGGAACACUGAAACCUACAUGAAAAUAUGUAGAGCUUCUUAGAGCAAGAUGUUGAAAGUUUUAAUGUGGUUUCAAAGGGAUGAAUGUAAAUCUUGACCUAGGAUGUGACCGUUUAUUGUCCCAAAGGACUACUUUACAGAAGGCACUUUUAGAAAAGAGUUGAAGUCAUAUUUGCGCUGACAUUGCUUACGAUAGGGAAAUAUUAAGCUAGAUAGAUAAAUAAAAAAGUUGUCCAGUGUUUAAAAAAAAAAAAAGAUGGACUUUAAACAAACAAAAAAAGAGAAAACCACAAAAAAAAUCUUGCAGUUUGCACAUCUUGAGUUUUGCAUCUGAAUGAUAUUCCUGCAAAUGAAAUGUAAUAAUGUUGUAGAGACAGGAAGGAACAGCUGAAAGAACAUGGAUACAUGUAGCAAUUACUUACUAUUAACUUGCCUAAUUUGUUAAUGUAGUGUUUCUUUCACAGUUUCAAUCUUUCUGUCACACUGAAACAAGUCUGAGAAGGAACACUGAUAAAUCACAGUGUAGUAGAGCCUGUUGUGUGUAGUAUGUGUGUGUGCGUGUUAUUGUUUUACCCCCCAACUUUUUAUUAACCUCUACAACAAGCACCUAUAGUCAUGAGUACAAAAAUAUUUUGUGUAGAUAUGCAUAUUUUAACAUUUUUUUAUGUUAAUGUAAAAUAAAAGAGUAAAUCAUUAAAGAGAGGCUAGAUUGCACACGUAAACAUAUACAAUAAAUGUGUAGUCCCACUUUGCUAGUCCAAAAUGUAACGUAUACAGUAUACUAUACUGCCUUUAUUAUCUCUUGUUCAUCCUGUAGAUGAUGGUAACUUGCUCUUGUGUUUAUCGCCCUCUUUUCAGUUGAGAAUGUUGAGAAGUGUGUGACAAGUUUUCUCUGAUUGUGGAAUCACUGUUCUACAGAACUAGGUGUUGUGUGCUAUGAGGUAUUUGUUACUGGAGCCUCAUAUAAAGUAGCUUUCAUGGCUCUGAGUUCCAAAGCUAGAAACAUAACUUAGUCUAUUGUGUUUUUUUUUCAAUACUUCUUUAUCUUUAACACAAAUCCAAUAUCCAUGUUCUAGUUUAAAUGUAACUGUAAGAGAUACUGUUUCAUAGAAAAUGAGUACAGUACUUGUGUCUAAUGAAAGGAAAUAUUCACUGUUGUGUAGGGAUUUCCAAACUUAGCAUGUAGUAGCAUUAUAGUUCAUUAUAAUUUGCCAAUCAUUUUGUGAAUGAAUUUGGUCUGUGUUCUAUUUUUUUUCCCGUCUCUGUCAUCAAAAAUCACAAAAUGUCUGCAGUGCCUCCAUUUUACUGAAGUGUAAACCUCUGUUUGACCCUAAUGCCACAGCACCUAUUCUAAUAACCCACAAGCUCUCAGGUACAGUUCUUUUAUUGUUUAUUAGUGCGGCAGGGACAGGCUAUGGAGGGAAGAGAAUAGGUUCCGUUUCUCUAAGGUAAGAGUGUCCAGACAUUUCAUUAGACAGUAACAACAACAAAUAGGCUGAAAUCCAUUCAUCAAGGUACACAAAAUAUUACACAGACAUAUGUACAGUAUGCAUUUAUAUCUUUACAUGUGUGCAGGUAUAUAUUCAACAUGUAGAUUUAUAAGCAGAACAUAGGUUUUCAUUAUUAAAAUGGGAAAAGGACCAACAUUUUGCGCAAUAAGCAUCUCUAUAAAAUGACAUUAGAAAUAACGAUCAUAAUCUCUAGCCCAGAAAGCAAUAACAAAACAUAGUUAAUGAGAAGGAAGAUUGGCACAUCUUGUGGCACUGACCCAAUAACUUACUGUAACCCUCUGUAGCUUUAACCUUUCUUUUCUUUAUUGAUUCUAUAGGCUAUUACAGUGAGCACCGGACGGUGCUGCCUGAGCACCGGGCAUGUGAUGCCCGGUAUAUCAGUGCUGCCUGAGCACCGGGCAUAUGAUGCCCAGUAUAUCAGUGCUGCCUGAGCUCCGGGCAUAUGAUGCCCAGUAUAUCAGUGCUGCCUGAGCACCGGGCAUGCAGUGCCCAGUAUAUCAGUGCUGCCUGAGCACCGGGGAAUAUGAUGCCCAGUAUAUCAGUGCUGCCUGGGCACUGGGCAUGUGAUGCCCAGUAUAUCAGUGCUGCCUGAGCACCGGACAUAUGAUGCCCAGUAUAUUAGUGCUGACCCUAUCUGAAUCCAUCUCUCGCCCCAUUGUGGACAACACAUAUAUUGCAGUGCAUUGAUGUCCUCCAUGGUUGUGGAGGGAUUAAUGUUCUACUUAUUCUCCUCAGGGCACUUUUUCUCUUCUGUUUAAUUUAGUAUGGUUAGAGGAAUGGGAAUGUAUAAGGAAUUACAAGUACCAUUGUACCACAUGCAAAGGCAACAAAACGACACAGAAAAUCUCAGUGUCAGAUACACCUGAAAGCAAAGCCACAAUUACUGUGGCUCUUCAUGUGACACAAUGUCAGUUUGGAGAAUCCAUAAGAGAAAGCUUCAGACAAUGUAGUGCCAAUCCUGGUUUAGAAUUGAUCUGAUUGUAGAAAGGAUUGAUUCACUUUGGUGAUACAGAGGUUAAUCACCCCUGGAAUCUAUAUGAUCUGUCCCAACUGUAACAACAUAAUAUCUGCCAUUCCCCUAGCAGAGAAACAAUGGGGAGGUGGA